ACUGUCUACUCCCCCCUCGUCCCUGGGUCUCCCGCCCCGUGAGUUAGCGAGCGCCGGGAGGGCGGCGUCGCGGGCGGAGUCGCCCCGGGCUGACCCUUGCGGUCUUCCUUCUGGUCCCCGCAGGUCCCCGCGGAGGCGGAGGCGGGCGCCAUGGCGGAGCUGACGGCUCUGGAGAGCCUCAUCGAGAUGGGCUUUCCCAGGGGACGCGCGGAGAAGGCUCUGGCCCUCACAGGGAACCAGGGCAUCGAGGCUGCGAUGGAUUGGCUGAUGGAGCAUGAAGACGACCCCGAUGUGGAUGAGCCUCUGGAGACUCCCCUCAGCCAUGUCCUGGGACGAGAACCCACGCCCUCAGAGCAAGUUGGCCCUGAAGGCUCUGGGUCUGCUGCUGGAGAAAGCAGACCCAUUUUGACUGAAGAGGAGAGACAAGAACAGACCAAGAGAAUGUUGGAACUUGUGGCACAAAAGCAGCGGGAACGUGAAGAAAGAGAGGAGCGAGAAGCUUUAGAACGAGAAAAGCAGCGGAGGAGACAAGGGCAAGAGCUGUCAGUUGCACGACAGAAACUGCAGGAAGAUGAGAUGCGCCGGGCUGCGGAGGAGCGCAGGAGGGAAAAGGCUGAAGAGUUAGCUGCCAGACAAAGGGUUCGAGAAAAAAUUGAAAGGGACAAAGCAGAGAGAGCCAAGAAGUAUGGUGGUAGUGUGGGUUCUCGGUCAUCCCCACCAGCAACAGACCCAGGUCCUGUUCCUUCUUCUCCCAGCCAGGAGCCCCCUACUAAGCGGGAGUAUGACCAGUGUCGUAUACAGGUUAGGCUGCCUGAUGGGACUUCACUGACCCAGACUUUCCGGGCCCGGGAACAGCUGGCAGCUGUGAGGCUCUACGUGGAGCUUCACCGUGGGGAGGAGCCUGGACAGGACCAGGACCCUGUGCAGUUGCUCAGUGGCUUCCCCAGACGGGCUUUCUCAGAGGCUGAUAUGGAACGGCCUCUGCAGGAACUGGGACUCGUGCCUUCUGCUGUCCUCAUUGUGGCCAAGAAGUGUCCCAGCUGAGGGUUCUCCAUCCCACCAUCUCUUUCUAACCUCUUCAUCUUUGAUAAAGCACUGACGUUUCCUUCCUAAUAAAUAGACCCUUUGAGUUCUGUAUA